AUGUAUUAUCUGUGGUCUCUUGGGUCUCAUGAGUCAUAUUCACCCCCACUGAUGGCUGGUGUCAUGUCUAAAAUUAUGGAUGUGUAUGACUGUCCAAGUGGAAAGAAUACCCUUCUAAAGUGGACUAAUUUCGCUCGGAAAGUCAAGAUUGUUACCCAAUUAGGUCAAGAUAACACUUUAGGGGGUCAUCCUUUAAAAAAUGAACCAAUUACCCAACUAGACCAUGUGGGAAACCUCUCACACCACAGGAAAAAAGUGGAUUUUGAUUUGUUUCUUCUCUAUGUAUUAAGGUGGUGGAGGAAUUUGGGACUCGUGGAACAUUUAAACUUCACAAGGGAUCGCCUGGCUGAAAGUUUCUUGUGUGCAGUAGGACUUACUUAUGAGCCUCAAUAUAGUUGUUUCAGAAAAUGCCUCACUAAGAUCACCACUAUGACAUUGAUAAUAGAUGAUGUUUAUGAUGUUUAUGGUUCCAUAGAAGAGCUAGAGCAAUUCACCGAUGCUGUUGAUAGGUGGGAUUCAAGCAAAAUUCAGCAGCUGCCAGGGUGCAUGAAGAUAUGCUUCCAAGCUCUAUAUGAUAUUAUCAAUGAAAUUGCUCAUGACAUCCAUGAACUCAAUGGUUGGGAUGUCGAAGUAUUACUUAAUUUGAGGAAAGCGUGGGCAGGUUUUUAUCGAGCACUAUUUGUGGAAGCGAAGUGGUAUAGUGAAGGAUAUACCCCUUCACUUCAAGAGUAUCUGAGCAAUGCAUUGAUUUCAUCCGGAGGCAUUGUUAUUUCUGUCCACUCAAUACUUUCUUUGGGGCAUGAUGUAGCAAAUGAAAUGGUCCAUUUCUUGGGCAAAAAUCAAGAUCUUGUAUACAAUAUAUCAGUUAUAACCCGACUCUGCAACGACUUGGGAACUUCAGUGGCAGAGAAAGAGAGAGGGGAUGCUCCAUCAUCAAUCCUGUGCUACAUGCGAGAAGUAAAUUCUUCAGAAGAAAAAGCUCGUGAGCAUAUUAAGGAGAUGAUAAUCGACACAUGGAAGAAAAUAAAUGGUCAAUGCUUCAGUAAUCAAUCACCUUUGCUACAAACCUUUGUCAAAGUUACCACAAAUGUUGCUCGUAUGGUGCAUUGCCUGUAUCAAUUUGGAGAUGGGUUUGGCAUUCAAGACCAAGAGACCCGAAGACACAUCCUAUCUCUCCUAAUCGAGCCUUUCAAGCUCGAUUAAUUAUAAUGAAGUUCUAAUCAAAUAUAGAUGUAUAUAAUUAAGAAUUAAAUAAUAAGGGUAAAAAAGAGCAAAGCGCAGCCUGCCAACCUCCGAACAAAAGGACAAAACAAGCUUUUCCAGCAUUUGCUUCACGAGAUUGCACAUACGACACAACUUUUUUGAGGUGGAAAUUGAAGGUUCUCGCCUGCUUGAAUGAAUUGACGCAUUAAUUGUUCUCUUGGUAAGUCCACCACCAGUACGAGGGUCGCUGUCUUUACCAAAAAUGGUUGUUGUUGGUUGAUGAAAGGGUUU